GCGGCGGCGGCGGCGGCGGGGCCGUGCCGGGAUGUCGUCGGGGGCUUCGCUGCUGGCGCUGGCCGCGCUGCUCUGCCUCGCCCCCCCGCCGCCGGGUCCCCGUGGAGGGGCGGGGGCGGCGGCGGCGGUGUGGACCGCUUGGUUGAACGUGUCGUGGGAGGACGGCGGGGACCGCAACCGGAGCGGCUGGGAGGCGAGCGAAAGCGGCCUGUACGGGCAGGACUCGCCGCUACAGGCGGCCGCGGGGGUGCUGGUGCUGCCCGACGGCCGCGACUCCUUCAACGCCUGCAGCGCCCGCACCAACUUCAGCGGGGCCCCCCCGCCCGGGGCCGGUACCGGGGCCGGUACCGGUAGCUCCCCGGGCUGGCUCGCCCUUAUCCAGCGCGGCGGCGGCUGCUCCUUCGCCGACAAGAUCCGUGUGGCCGCGGAGCGCGGCGCGGCCGCCGCCGUUAUCUACAACUACCGCGGCACCGGCAACGAGGUGCUGCCCAUGUCCCACCACGGUGCUGAAAGCAUCGUUGCAAUUAUGAUUGGCAACCUGAAAGGCAUGGAGAUCUUACACCGGAUUGAGAGUGGCAUGAAAGUGACUAUGGUUAUUGAAGUGGGGAAAAAGCAUGGUCCCUGGAUGAAUCAAUACUCCAUCUUCUUCAUCUCGGUGUCGUUUUUCAUUGUCACAGCAGCAACUAUGGGCUACUUUAUUUUUUAUUCUGCUCGGAGACUCAGGAUCGCAAGGGCCCAGUCCAGGAAUCAGCGACAACUAAAGGCCAGGGCUAAGAAGGCCAUUGAACAGUUACAGCUGCGCACCCUGAAGCAAGGGGACAAGGAAACUGGUCCUGAUGGAGAUAGCUGUGUUGUGUGCAUUGAGCUGUACAAGCCGAAUGAAGUAGUGCGCAUUCUGACUUGCAACCAUCUCUUCCACAAGAGCUGUAUUGACCCCUGGCUUCUGGAACACAGGACAUGCCCGAUGUGCAAAUGUGACAUACUCAAAGUUUUGGGUGUUGAGGUGGAUGUAGAAGAAGGGGGCGAGUCUGUGCAAGCCACAGUAUCUAGUGGGACAUCAAAUGCCUCUACAGUUAAUGAAGAGGAUAAUCAUAGUGAAACAGCAUCAUCUGGAUAUGCUUCUGUACAAGGAGCAGACGAAUCUAUUCUGGAGGAACAUGCACCAUCAGAAAAUGACAACAUGCAUCUUGUAAACAAUGAAUCCCAGCCCUCUGCUGUGAAUGUCCUUCCACACAUUGACAACCCAAGUUUUGAGGCAGACGAAACACAAGUUCGUGAAGUCAGGUCCUAAGAACAUGCCCAGCAACACGGUGUAAGCCUUCUGCAAGAAGCUGCAUACUGCCAUCACGUGUAUACCAAACAUUGCAAGACUGUAGCAGAAAAAUAUUGCCUUGGCAAUGCUCAGAUCAAAUAGACUUCUUGUUCAAAUCAUAAUUGUAUGGUUUGCCAUUCUUAAAACUGCAUCUCCCAUGUGGAAUUUAGUUUUAGCACUCUUCAGAUAAAGCUGUCUUAAAUAUAAAGAAACCAUCAGAUUUUAACACUAAACCAAAAGUUCCAUCUUCAGCAAAGCUUCUCUUCAGUGUUUGAGUCCUUUAAGGAGAAGAUCCUUUGUUGUAGCUGUCUCUACUGGGAAUUGUUUUAACUUGGGCUUUUUUUGUGGUUUAUUGUUUUAAUUCAAGUGGAUUUUCAUUGUAAACAAAUUGAUUUUGAUCUGGUCUAAUACUUAUUUACCAGGCACAGUUUGGUUUAAAGCAACACUGUAUUUAAUAUUUCAGUGCACUAAUUUGAUAGGAGAAAGUAUAAACUAAUGCCUGUCAAACUGGAUUUUGCCCACAGUGUCUUUGGUUCUCUAGUAAACGGACUGAUUCGCUACCUCUCAACUCCAACCUGCCAACCACGCAUUCCUAAAGGGAAAAAAAAGAGAGCUGCAAGCUGACAGGCCAAAUCUGACUUGCACAAUACUGUAAAGGGAACAAUUGCAGGAACUUUUCAAAGCUGUUAAUAUUAGACAGUCUGAAAGAUCCUCUGUGAUUUUUGGAGUAAUGACCAUCUCUAGCACCAGCAAUAUGCCAGAGUUCUGUCUUUGAGAGUCUGGGAUGACUUCAGGAAGGCUGAACUGAAGAUGAAAAGAUAGAUUCUUCCCAAAGGAUCUGCUGUGUUUUGUUCAGAAAAUGAUCCAGCCUCUGAAAAAUGCUGGACUGUUGCUGUGCAUUGUCUUGCCUGUGUGCUAAAGCUGCAGGGAGAGCUGAUGUCCUGUAAACAUAAUAGAUGAUUGGAAGAGUUGUCUGCCAUCUGUGGGGAGUUGAACUGGGGUCGAAGAGAAACACUGGGUGCCUCAAUAGUAAGUGUAAGGCCUUGCCCAGCAAAGGUAACUAAGGACAUCUUACAGAUGCACUUUAUUUUUUUAUCUCUGUAUCUAUGGCUUGUUUCUAAUGUUAGCAGAACUUUGUCUUAAAGCCCACAAUAAAGUACUCUUGAAUCUGGAGGGGAAAAGCAAUGCAUUUUCUUAGCUGUAAUGCAAUUAAAAUUGUUGUAAAUAUUUUGUGAUUUGUAUUGAAUUUGAAAAUGUAAAUAAAACUAUAUUUUGAUGACCCUGACUGACAUUAAA